CAUUGCCUUGGCUUUCGUUCUCCCUCUUCUCGUCCGCCCUCCUCCCCCCCAAAGCCCGACGUUUGGGAUGCCGUUGCCAUUCGGCUUGAGUUUCUCAGGCUGGGGGGCGAUUUUGACCCAGAGCGCCCGCCUGCCGCCAAGCUCGGGAGCGCUUCGCGCCACAGGGACCAUGCACGCGCUCGUGCGGCCUGGCCGCGGCAGCGUGCCCGCCACGAGCUCGCUGUUCGGGGACGCCCUGAAGGCCCUUUGCGAGCGCGCGGUCAACCCUGAGGUGCUGACACACGCGGAGAUGCGCAGCCUGCUCCACUUCUCCGAGAGGGGCUGCUCCUACCAGGAGGUGAAGGCUUUCAUCGACGAGUUGCUCGGCAUGGAUGGCGCCGAAGAGCCGGUGGUGCAGAGCGGCAACAUCUACGGCGUCUCUGACACGUUCCAUCAAAUCAACGGGGAUCUCCUCAUGCACGAGAUCAGGACAAGCGACACGCUCAGAUCCCUCUCCGAGGCCGACCAGAAGAGGGCCCUUGCGAUUCUCGAGCUUGUCUUCUGCAACACCAAGCUGAGGAAUAGGAACCCGCUGCACCCCAGCGUGGUGGACGCAGCAAUCAUUGGCAACCUGCUGAAUUUCCCGAAACACAUUUUUGGCUUGCCGUUCGCUUCCUUCGCGUCCGACGGCAACGAGGCGCUGUCCCUGCUCUUGUAUUCCUACCGCCAAGAGCGGCGGGGAAGGGCCGACCAGACCGUGCUCCUUGUCGGCGACGCCGGAGAGUCGCUGCCAGACAUCCGCCAUUGCGCUAAGCGCCUAGGUCUCGAACUCGCCGAGAUGGAGGAGGGCGGGCUGGCCAUGCUGGAGAAGAAGCCGCGGGACAGGCGCCCAGUCGCAGUGAUGGCCUGCCUGGGUAGCGCGUCGCUGGGAGAGGCCGCAGCGUGGGCGGAGCGGCACGCCGCUGGCCUCCACGUCCACGUCACCGACGCGCAGCUGCGCAGGAUCUUCACUGAGAACGCGUCCCCGGUGCACCUCGAGCUUCCGCGAGGGGUCCGCAGCGUCAGCAUCGAGGAGGGCUUGCUCAACUGUGGCUACACGCUGUACCGCGACACCACGCUGCGGGACUUGCACAUGGAUGUGCCGUGCGAGUGGCAGACUGUCUACAUGUCACCGAACGAGGGGGGCAGCUGCAAUGGCCGGCCGCUCAUGCUUGACUUCUGCACGUUCCUGCUCGGGUGGGCCGCAGUCGCGAACAUCGCGCGCGGAGCGCCAAUGCCGGACAGGAGCCAGUACGAUUGGCAGCCGAUCCGUUUGGCCGCUCCAGCGGUGUCGGUGGAUAAGGGCAUCCCGGUAGAGGAGGUGCUCCAGUGGGCCAAGGCCAAGAUGGAAGCUCAAGUGGACUUGAGCGGACCUGGGAUCUCGGAUUCAAGGCAGGAGCUGGAGGGUGAGUUCAUCAGCUUUCAGCAGGAGUUCAUCGGGGGCCGCGGCGUCGAGGCCGAGGGCAUGACCACUGGCGGGGGCACCCGCAGCAUCAACUGCGCCUUUGAGGCUGUUAUGGCCAGGGACGAGGCUUGCAGCCGCCCAGGUCCGCGCUUGCGGGUGCUGACUGGCAAUCCGCACCUGGCAGUGGAAAGGGCCGCACGGAGGUUCGGGUUUGAGUUGAUCAGGCUGGACGUGGAUGGCGCAAUCUGCGUCGACAAACUUCGGGACCACAUAUCAGAUCCAUGCGUCACCGCUGUGUACACGCAGUCGCUCAGCUACACCGACGGUAUCAGCGAUCCGCUUGCAGAGAUCUUGGCCGUAGUGGAGUCUGAGAACAAGGGCCGUGCAGCCAAGGAGGGCGUGCCCGUCGUCGUGAUCAACGACAGCUGCCUGGCUUUCAGUGUGCUCAUCCACAACGACGGCGAGGGUGGCUCCCGGAGCAUGCGCCUGCUCGACCUCGCGGAAGGCUGCAUCACUCCUGUCAUCGUCACGCAGGACGCUCACAAGCAUUUGGGCACCGACAAGGGCCUUUCGACGAUCGUGGGCACCCACGGGAUCUUGUCCUCCCUACGGGGCGGCAGACGGGUCGGUGCCCGACCUGGGGCAGCGGACUUGGUGCGCGGUUUGGCGGACAUGAAGCUCAUGGGCAAGCAGGGCUACGUCAAGCUGUACCGGGAGCUCGGAAAGAGCAUCGCGGAUGCUGUAAGCACGAUCGAGGCUGGUGGCAUGAAGGUCCUCCACGCGCACAACAGGAUGCCGGGCUCCACCGUCAUCGCGGUGGAUGAUCCGAGCGGAGCAGUGGCCCCACGGAUGAAGAAGAAGGGAUACAGCACGGCGCCAAUCUACCUCGCCCGUCCUGGCGACCCGACCGCGUGCCAAACCGGUUGGCAGCUUUCUCUGUUGCCCCACCAUUUGCGCCCCGUGAAGGGCGGCAAGUCGGCUCUGGCAGCUUUCACAGAGGAUCUCGUCCCGACCCACCAGGCUGUCCAGGGAACAACCGCCGCGAAGUUGUCCAGGAGGUUUCUGCGAGAGAACUCACUCCUCGCAUUCUUGGCCGCAGGCAACCCAGACCCGUUCUUGUUCCAGCUGCUGCGUACGGAGGGCUUCGGCCGCAAGCUGGCUGGUCAAAUCAUUCGCCGAUACGUUACCGCCCAGCUCGACAGCGGGACUGUGUGCACCCUGAAGCGACCCGACCCUGUUUGGCAGCUUGCUUGCAGGGGCAGCUUGUGUUGGCUGCUGCUGUCGCUAGUGACAGUGCUUUCUAGGAGGCUGGCUGCACUGAGGCGUGCCCUGCGCAGCCGCUAGGCGGCCCGGCCCGCGGGCGCCGGAGAGACAGGCGAGUGGCCAGUCGCCGGGACUGCUCGCGCAGUUUUUGGCCGGGAUGUAGAUACGUAAAACGUGCAGCGACUAUGCCAGGGGGGAGGCCGCCAGGCCCUAUCUUCUGUCCUCCCUCCUGGGGACUCCGUCAUGGAGGUCCCCUUGGGGCCAUGAGGCAAAAGAAGGUGAGCCGAUAACUCGGGCCGUCCUGGCAUUCAAGGACAAAGAAAAAUGUGGCAUGCCAGAUCCGUUACGCGUGAUAUCGCUUUGCGGUACAUCGCUUGGCGCUCAGGACAGAAACGUGAUAGCUGGAACCACCGUGGACGAGUAUAUUCUUCACUCGACUACGUUUUCCCAGCAAGUCGUUGCCCAGAGCCUCGUCCUGCCAUCUGGUUGACAAGUCCGUCGAUCGACCUUCAUCUCGUUCUCAUGUCGCAUCCCUCACAUGACCACACGGUUCAGGAGCUCGG